AGCCGGAGACUGCUCCCGGCAUUCCUCGCGGGUGUAGCGUGGGUUCCCUUCCUCCAUUUCCGGGUCCCUGGAGAGGGAGACCCUCGGGUCUUGAAGAGAAUUCUGAGGUUCAGCUGGUCGGUGCUGUGCGAAGAAUGACAGGACACUCCGAGCACUGAACCACUGGCCUGGGUGGCAAGGUGUAGAGAGAUGUGGAAAGGUCAUCAGCAUCCGGGCCUGCUUUCUAGCGAGCCUUUUGGGUUAAGACAUUAUCAGUACUAGGAUUUAACUGGAGACCUGUUAUCAUUGCAGCACGCUGAAAUCUCGAAGUAGAACCCUGUGUCACUGAGGCAGAGCUCUGAGACAGUGUAACAUGGCCCAGGGCUUGAUCGAAGUGGAGCGAAAGUUUACUCCAGGGCCUGACACGGAAGAAAGGCUGCAGGAGUUGGGGGGCACCCUGGAGCACCGGGUCACCUUCCAAGACAUCUACUAUGAUACUUCUGAGCUAAGCCUUAUGCGGUCUGAUCACUGGCUGCGACAACGAGAAGGUAGUGGAUGGGAGCUCAAAUGCCCUGGAGUAGCAGGUAUCUCAGGAUCCCACAACGAGUAUGUGGAGCUCACAUCGGAGCCUGCCAUUGUGGCCCAGCUGUUUGUACUGCUCGGGGCUGAGGAGCCUGGGACUGCAGGUGUGGCUGCUGUCUUGGGUUCCCUGAAGCUGCAGGAAGUAGCUAGUUUCGUGACUACGCGAAGUUCCUGGAUGCUGGCCUUAUCUGGAGCCAGUGAAGAGGAGCCGAAGCUCAGAGUGGAUUUGGAUUCAACAGACUUCGGCUAUGCUGUGGGUGAGGUGGAGGUCAUGGUGCGGGAGAAGGCUCAAGUAGCAGCUGCCCUAGAGAAGAUCUUCAGCUUCAGCACCAUGCUUGGAGUGCCAGCGCAGGAGACGGCACCUGCCAAGCUCAUGGUAUACCUACAGCGCUUCAGGCCUCAGGACUAUCAGCGCCUGCUCGAGGCAAACGUUUGCAGUGAAGCCACGGGGGACUCGACAUCCUGACAGUUUCUGGGAGCAGGGUUCACUCUCUGUAAGGGAAGGGAACUCUGAAGCUGCCAUCCACACCUGGACCCACCGUGCCCUUCCCUUCCAACAGGGCCACUUUUGUCCCCGAAACGCCUGGUCUUUCACCCAUCCUCAGCUGCCCUUCUUUCGAGCCCUCCCUCACUGCUUCCCUCAUCCGUCAGAUGCAAUCUGUGGGCCGCCCCUCUCCCCUGGCCGCUAAGCAGCCUCCAUUGAUUUCCGCUCGUGUUUAUAGGAUUUCCACUUAGCUGUGAUCAGUAGUUAAGCACAGGAAAAUCCCUUGCCACCCCCCCCUCCCGUGGUCGAUGCCAUUGAUUCUGCCAGCAGCUCUGAAGCCGCCUUACAGCUGAGUUAGAGAUGCGGGAAGCAGCAGGGAUUCCCCUGCCUUAAGGGGUAGGGAAUAGCAACAAGGCAGGGAAACACGGCUGGGAACUCCUGUUAGAAAUCUAGAAUUCUGCUGGGUCUGCCACUGUGCCCAGAGGGUAGAGUGCCCUAGGUGGCAGUUUAGAGACAAAUUUGCUCUCCAACCCAGAGAUGGGGAGAAAGAAAACCAUUGUUGAGACAGGUUCCUGGGGUUUCAGGAAGUCAUACAUCCUGUGGAGAAGGCUCAUACCCUCGCUCCUACACAUUUUCUUUCUCACUAGGUCAAAACACGCCUUUCUGCCCCGCUCAGGUUUCAUAGGCUUUCAGUCUCUCAGACUGUGGAGACCAACACAGGGCCAGAGUGCCACCUGCUGUUAGCCCUCAGGGCUUUUGUUCCCAGCUGAGGGUGCAGACGGAUUUCAGGUGAGCUGAGGCAGUUACACAACAUUUUAACAACCUAGAACUCCACUUGGUUUGAGCUGUGCACACCUCUCAUCUGACAGGGGAUGCACUUGGCACCCUAGGAUCCUCACUAAGUCCACACAUCCUAAUUACAGCGCGCACCUAGGACCCCCACUGCAACUCUACUGAGUGGCAUGUACGUCCCCCUUCGGACAAUGGAAAAAGUCUCUCCUCCCACAGCAGCCAUCAAAAACUCCCCUUUGCGGACAGUUUUCAUUCAAACAUUUUAGAACAUAUCUGCGUGCAGAAAGCAGGGAGCUGAUUGGGCCUAGAUGGGUUUUGAGUCAAGCAGAGUAAGGGAGACUGUCCUUUGGGUGAACUUUUAAGGAGAAUCCCCUAUUUACCAUCCUGUGCCUAUGACGAAUGAGCAUAUGAUUAAAAACCAGAUGCAUCAUGGGAAGGAUCAUGCACAGUGAGGAAAAGCUUACAGAAUCCAAGCCUGUCAGUCAAAAUAGAGAACCACUCAAAUUAUGCCACUUAGCAAUGAACUCCUUCCCCUAAGACCCCAUUAAAGAAGCACCAGGCAAUAACUCUGGGCCCUUGAGUACUGUGGGCAUUGCUCUUCGCAAUGUAUUUAUGAUUGGUACCACCACCGCUUUUGAAUAAAGUUUCCUUGCUAUUUGCAA